CAAGCUCUUCUUUUGUAGAGAAUAUGUGAAGAUUACAAAUUACACUGUGGAAAAGAUUGAUAAAUUGGUGCAUUAAGAUUGAAAAAUAUAAGAUUGAAUGGUUUGUGAAGAAUAUGUAAAUAUUUAACUUUGAAAAAAUUGAGGCAUCAAAAUAGAGGCAUAAUAUAGGAGGUUGAAUUUCAGUCACAUACAAAUUAAUUUCUCAUUAUUGAAUUGGAAGUGAGAAGUCGGAGGAUCUGGACGAAAAAGAGGAAGAAGAAGAUAAUAAGGAGAAAAAUGAUGUAAAUUAAUGUAUCAUCACACAUUGAAAAAAUUCCUGAGCCUAGUCAAAAGUGAUUAAUCAUUAUGAAUGUUUCUAACAAUUUUCAACCUGUUUGGAUUUUAACUUGAAGUAAGACCUGGUCUUCACCCUUUCUAGUAUUUAUUUCCUGUCUCCAGCUGGAAUUUAUUUUAACUUAGAAGUAGACUAACAUGUGGUCUUUACCCUUUCAAGUAUUUAUCUCCCGUCUUUAGCUGGCAUUUAUUCAAUGAUGAAUGUUAGAGCUUCGUCAAGUAUAAUUCCUUGAGUUCAUCUCUCAAGGUCACUCAAGGUUGAAUUCAUUGAUCGAUCAUUUACUCUGUAAAUGAAUCAUGGAAGAUUCAAUAAUGUACCUUGAUCUACUUCCUUAUGAGCAGAGAGUCAAGAUUUAAUUUGAAAACAGUUUUUAAAGUCCCCCAGAAAUAGUGAUCCUGUUGUCUAGUCAAAAGUUAUCAAUCAUCCACUCUAAAUUAAUCAUGAAAGCCACCAAUGAUCCUUAAUCUACUCCCUCAUGAGAAGAAAAUCAUGUUACAAUUUUGAAAACAAUCUCCACAGUCCCGCAAACAUCAAUAUUCUGGAAUCUAGUCAAAAGUGAUCAGUCCUGUGUUUAGUCACAAGUGUAGUGUCCUGUGUCUAGUCAGUGGUGCUGUUAGUUAUGGAAGCGGCCACCAGAUGGGAACAGCUGAUCAGUUCGACCUUGACGCCAACAACAGCUGUUGCAGUGAAGUUGGCCGUGACCCCAGACCAGGACGAGAAUGACGUUACGGGACCAGCUGAUCACCAACACAAGACACAAAAUGGCGGCCUGCUGGGAUCACUGCGCCAUCUACCGGGGAUCAGUCGAUUUACAAGCUCCACCAAUAGCGAGCAGCGGUCUCCUCUGUUCAGAUACCGGCAGACACGGUUCAGCUCCCGUAGAGUGAGAAGAAGAGUGGUCUUCAAACAUGGCGACUGCAACGUUGUUCAAGGCAAUGUUGCUAAAAGGAGAAGAAAAUAUUUACAGGACAUCUUCACGACCCUAGUAGACGCCCAGUGGAGAUGGACUCUGCUAGUGUUCGCUAUGAACUUCUUCCUAUCGUGGCUGGGUUUCGCCAUCAUCUGGUGGCUGAUUGUGUUCUGGCAUGGCGACCUGGAACCCACAGCUCAGGCCAACUCAAGUUGGGUGCCCUGUGUCAGGGAUGUAAACACGUUCACGUCAUGCUUCCUGUUUAGUGUCGAGACUCAGCAUACUAUAGGUCAGUGCAUCGAAAAAAGCUCCACUUCCAAAAUAAAUUCUGAAAACGAAAACCAUUGGUUCCUCCGAAGGUUUGCACAAAUAACUAAUUCCAAUCUGUUCUUAAAUCUAUAUUAUUCUAUUCUAUUUCUAUUUAUUCUAAUUGUAUCUAUUCUGUUGCAGCGUGACGGACAGUUAUGUCUGAUGUUUAGGGUAGGUGACAUGCGCAAAUCACACAUCAUUGAGGCUCAUGUCAGGGCGCAGUUGAUCAAGAAAAAGGUUACCAGAGAAGGCGAGGUAUUGCCUUUCUAUCAGCAAGAGCUGAAGGUCGGUGGAGAUGGUGAGGAAGAUAAAAUCUUCUUCAUUUGGCCGACCACCAUUGUACAUAAAAUCACACCGUCUAGUCCGCUCUACAACCUCUCAGCUUCCGACAUGCUGCGGGAGAGGUUCGAAAUUGUCGUCAUUCUAGAAGGUGUGAUAGAGUCAACAGGCAUGACGACACAAGCGAGGUCUUCCUACCUGCCCAACGAAAUCCUUUGGGGCCAUCGGUUCGAACCGUUGGUGUCCUUCAAGAAAGAGACUGGAGAGCAUGAGGUGGACUACAACCUGUUCAACAACACCUACGAGGUUGAUACACCUCUGUGCAGUGCUCAGUCGCUAGAUCGGGUCAUAGGGCUGCAUCAGCAUAACUCAGACCUGCAAAAGUACGGCAUCUCCACGACAACCAAUACGAGCCUGGAAUCGAACAGUCUGUCGGACAGUAACCGGGGAGACAGCAACCAUAAUCACAACAACGGCAACCAGGAUUGUGUCGUAGAAAUGCAGCAUGUCAUGCUUCACCCUCAUCAGCUUCCUGGGCCUGAGUCACGGAUCUGACACCAGCUCAGGUCAAGAUGAUCUCAAUCAAGGGAGAAAGAAAACUUCGGUGAUAAUUAGUGUCAAAUUCGAUACAUUAUUAGGCCUAACUCUUCCUAUAUUUGCCAAAAACUUGCCAAAUAUUCCGCCGCGUUUAAUUCAACGAUUUGUAAAUGUACAGCGCGUUUUUACACGCACAAUAAUUAUUACUUUGUGACUGAUAAUAAAUAUUACGUAGACCUAGACCGGUGUGAGAAGGAACUGUGUGUGAAGAAAACUAAGAAGAGCUUUAUAUAUUUUGAAUUUAUUUCUAUUUGUAAAUGAACUACAACACUGUUCCGUCCGUAUGUUUGAAAUUUGUGUAGAUACCGCGGAUAUCUCGACAACAUUGAUUCUCGUGUCUUUCUAUUGCCGUAAUAUCAUAUCUUCGAUUUUGUGCGU